CUCUUAUCAUCUUAUGUAUUACCAACGCCAAACCGGUCAACGCAAAAUUCAACCACCAAACCCCGAUCCCCCAAUUAUUGCGUCUGAAUGGACGGAGGAGCUCCCGGCGGCGGCGGCGGCGGAGGUGGUCCGGCGCCGUUCCUCUUGAAGACGUACGAGAUGGUGGAUGACACGGCGACGGACGCCAUCGUAUCGUGGAGCGCGAGCAGGAAGAGCUUUGUGGUGUGGAACCCGCCGGAAUUCGCCCGCGUCCUCCUCCCUUCUUACUUCAAACACAACAAUUUCUCCAGCUUCAUUCGACAGCUCAACACAUAUGGUUUUAGGAAAAUCGAUCCAGAAAAAUGGGAAUUUGCAAAUGAAGAUUUUACGAAAGAUCAAAAACAUCUUCUGAAGAAUAUUCAUCGCAGAAAGCCUAUCCACAGCCACAGUCAGCCUCAAGGUUCAGUUGAUUCAGAAAGAGCAUCAUUCGAGGAAGAAAUUGAUAAGCUAUCACGUGACAAGUCCGUUCUCGAAGGAAAGUUAUCGGGAUACAAGGAGCAGCAGUCUGCAGCUAAGUCACAGUUGGAAACUCUAACACCUCGUAUAGUUAGCAUGGAGCAGAGGCAGGAGAAAUUGUUAAGCUUCCUCGAGAAAGCAGUUCAAAAUCCCGACUUUGUCGAUCGCCUAACUCAGAAGCUUGAAUCAAUGGACUUUUCAGUGUAUAACAAAAAGAGGAGGCUCCCUCAAUCAGAUCAUGUCCAAUCAAUUCAGGACAAUCUUUUAUUAGACGAUCAAUUAGGGAGUAUAUGUGACCAAGAUUUAUGCAACGAGCUAAGGCUGGAGUUAUCCACAGCUGUUUCGGAUGUUAACUUACUUUCUCACAGCACACAAAGCUCAAACGAGGGACUGUCAAAAGAUGUGCAUGUAAGAACUUCUUCAGGCUUUUUAUGCCCGCCCGAAACUUUGGAGCUUUCAGAUACUGGAGCUUCUUUCAAAUUGGGGCCCGAAAGCCCGAAGCGCCAAUCAUUGCAGGACGAGGGCGACGUUCAUCUUUCGUGUCUCUUAAAUCUUACUCUCGCAUCUUCUUCUUCUCCCUUGGAACUGGACAAAAAUCGAGAGAUCUGUACACGGUCAGAUAAUGAAGUUGUUCACACUCAAACUGUAGCUUCUUCGCAUGAUGUGAAUAACAGCAAGCAAGGGGGUUCAAACGGGCAGAAUCGAGUGAAUGAUGUGUUUUGGGAACAGUUUUUAACCGAAAGACCUGGCUGCUCUGAUACAGAAGAGGGCAGCUCUGGUUUUAGGGCGAAACCUUACGAAGAACAAGAAGAGAGGAGAUCGGUGAAAGGAAUAGCAAGAAAUACGAAAGGUAUGGAACAUCUUACUCUAUGAGAGAAACUUUGCCAGUUCUCUAGGUUUAUAUUUCUUUCUGGAUUUGUAGUAUCUUUUAAUAUAAUCGGCACCUAUGUGUAUCGAAAUUCGGAUUUGCUUCGUCGUUGUCUUUAUGACGGUUCUGCCAGAUUUUGACAUUUGGUGAUGUUUAUAAGUUAUAACCCCUCCCAAGACCAGUUUGUGCGUUAAUUUGUAAUAUAAGACAAUUCUCAGUUGCUUUUAAUAUAUAUAGUUUUUUUUCCUUUCUA